AGGACUGAACUCUAAACAAUGUCUGAUGGGUGUAGGGUAACUCCGGGCUCAGGAAAUAGUAGUUCCAAGCUGGGACCAAGAUUAAAUAAAAUCAUACGACCCCCACCCGGAUUUGUCAGCUAUCAAGUUCCCAAUGGAGUUAUUGUUCCUUCUGAUAACAUAAACUUGUAUGAUCCAAAGAAGUAUCAAAGUGCUCAUGUGCUUGGACGGUACCAACACCACACUAGAUAUACCAGGGAAUCAAGACGAGGAGAAUACAACUACUCCACAGAUCAGAGUUCUAUUCUGACGAGAGAUUCUUCUGAAUUUAGAGCACAUGCUGGAGUUUAUCCGUCUCACCUUCACAAUGGUGGUCGAUCUCUUCAGCCCUGUCAAAACAAUGGGAAUUACACUUCAGGAAGUGAACAGGUUAGACACAGAGAAUCGAGGAGAAUAUCUGGCUCUAGUUUCUUAGAAUUCAAUAAUUCUGAACUAGGAUUGAACCAAAAUGAUUAUGAUCCUCCUCCCUGGAUAAGAAUAAAUGAGCACAAAAAGUAUCCCCGGUCUCCUGCCCCAAAACACCGAGAAGCAGAUAUUGAUGAGGAAAUUACUUAUUCUCUUGAACCUCCACACUUAAAGCCACCCAUUCCCCAUGCAGACCAACCUAAACCUCCACCUCGCUCUAGACCAAAAAGCUGGACAUCUACUCUUUUCAAUGCAUUCAAACCAAACUCUAAGAGUAAUCCAACUCUAACCCUUCCAGCUUCAUCUGCUUCUACUAACAACCAAUCAGAUCAUUUGUCAUAUCCAACUUCUUACAAUGGUAUCUCCAUAGUAGCCCCUGUAUUAUAUGAUCCAUUAGACAUGCUACCUUCCAACACAAACACACUUGAUAGAAGACAACAGGGUCCAAAACAAGUGAGAUUCCUGGCUAAUCCAAGCAAAACAAUAGAAACCAAUCCGAAAUUUUACUCCUUGCCCAGGUUUAUUCAACCUUUGUCAGAGAAGGGUGAAAUAGUGAAAACUGUUAAAAUUAAGAUGCGGAGUAGGACACCCAGUCCAUUUAACAGAUUUGUAAAAAGCUUAGUUAGAGGUGUGGUUCAUGAACACCCUCGGAUAGGGUCUGACGGAGAAUCUGAGGAAGGAUCUGGAACUUCAGAAGAACAAAAUAUCAGUCCAGUAUCUGCUGAUAGCAAUCAGUCAAACUCUGCUGAAUUGGUUAAAAUGCGACAGAAGCCGCCAGUCAACCGAAAAAUUUCAAAGCAGGAAGAAAUCAGUAAACGUCUAUCCUUGCCCGCAGAUUUACGGCUGCCGGAGAACUUUAUUUCGCGUCAAACAGUUUCCCCCACCCUGGAGGGUACUAUUACCAGGGCCAAUCGGAGACAGUCUUUGUCUGAGAUUGGUUUCGGGAGAAUAGACACCUACACUAAACUAGACAAAUUGGGAGAGGGCACAUAUGCGACAGUAUUCAAGGGGAAGUCUAGGUUGACUGACAACCUUGUCGCCUUGAAGGAGAUACGACUAGAACAUGAAGAGGGAGCUCCUUGUACAGCUAUCAGAGAAGUUUCACUUCUUAAAGAUCUCAAACAUGCGAAUAUAGUGACCCUGCAUGAUAUAGUCCACACUGAGAAGUCCCUGACCCUGGUUUUUGAAUACCUGGAGAAGGAUUUAAAGCAGUAUAUGGAUGAUUGUGGAGCUAUCCUUGCCAUCAGUAAUGUUAAACUAUUCCUAUUCCAGAUGUUACGCGGCCUAGCGUACUGUCACUCCAGACGUGUAUUGCACAGGGAUCUUAAACCUCAAAAUCUGUUGAUAAAUGAACGAGGGGAACUAAAGUUGGCGGAUUUUGGAUUAGCUCGAGCAAAAUCAGUUCCUACAAAAACAUAUUCUAACGAGGUGGUCACACUGUGGUACAGACCUCCAGAUGUUCUACUGGGUUCUACUGAGUAUUCAACUCCUAUUGAUAUGUGGGGAGUUGGCUGUAUUUUCUAUGAAAUGUCCUCAGGACGACCUCUAUUCCCAGGGUCAACAGUCGAGGACGAACUUCAUCUAAUAUUCAAGGUGCUUGGUACUCCUAAAGAAGAGGAUUGGCCUGGAAUCAGUAGAUCAGAAGAGCUGGCAAACUAUAAGUUUCCUGUCUACCAGCCUGAAAGUAUGGUGUCCAGAGCUCCAAGAUUAGAUUCAGAAGGAAUAUCUUUGCUUCUUGGCUUUCUGAAGUUUGAAGGAAGACGACGUAUCUCUGCUAAAGAUUCCAUGAAGCAUCCUUAUUUUGCUUCUCUCAGUCAAGCUGCAGUUACGCUUGGAGACAAUGAAUCCAUCUUUAAUGUGCCCGGAGUAGUACUAGCCAGAGAUCCAGGUUACAGAACAGUAGGGUCAGCUCAGCCUAAAUCCAGGAGACAGUCCAUGCUUCUCUAAUAAACAGUCCAUGCUGCUUUACUGGGCAUGAGCAUUCCAUGCUGCUGUAAUAAACAGUCCAUGCUGCGUUAAUAAGCUGUCUGUCUUUUCUGCUGUAAUAAGCCAAUAAUAAGUCCAUGAUGCUUUAAUAAUCAGUCCAUUCUUCUUUAAUAGGCAGUCCAUGCUCUUUUAGAAGCAGUCCAUGCUUCUCAAGAGAAAGUCCAUGCUCGUUUAGGAGAACGAAUUUCAUACUGCCUUAGCUUUGAAGACAAUUCUUGCUUCUUUUAAAGGCAGUCCAUGCGGAUUUCAAAAGAGACUUUGCUAUAUAAGUUGCAGAAGUCCAUGCUCCAUGAAGAAGUCGUUGCAACUUGAGCUACCUUAAGAGAAGAACUUUAACACCUCUUUUAUUCCCUAUUUAAGAAGGCAGUCCAUGGGAUUGGAUUUAAACCUUAUCGAAGGAGGCAGUUCAUUCUGGAGAACAUAAACAUAAACCAGAAACAGUCCAUGGUGUCCAAAGUUAAAGUAAAAAACCUUAAAUAAUAGAAAAUAGUCCAUCCAUCCAUCUUACUUUUUCAUUAAUUUGUUUAUCCUGCAUUCAGAAACAAAUUCUGAAUGAAUAUAAAAUGAGUAAUGAUUAGUUUAUACCAAGCUAAAUAAUCAUUGUCUCGAAGCUUAAAUUAACAAAGUUACAAAAUGCCGAAUUGUUCUUAAAUUAAAUCUAUGAUGAAUCAGUAUCUUGUGGACUAAAUAUUUAAGAAAAAUAAAGUUUUGCUUAUUUUGGAAUAUAAAUCAUAAUUUUCAGUUUUAAGAUAAAAAUAUAUACAUCAGUCUUCAUUCAGAUAUUGUACAUAUAGUACAUUGUAAUGUACUGCGUGCAUGUAUAGUGAACGUGUGCAGACUAAAAUGUAUCGCAUGUCAAUAAACAUAAUUAAACGUAAAAAUUGGAUGAAUUUUGUAAUGCUGUGAUUUUAUGAAAACCUACUUUUUUAUAUAGCAUCCCCCCCCUUUUCCCCCAUCUACUAUAUAGCAACCCCCCCCCUUUUCCCCCAUCUACUAUAUAGCAUCCCCCCUUUUCCCCCAUCUACUAUAUAGCAUCACCCCCUUUCCCCCAUCUACUAUAUAGCAUCCCCCCCUUUCCCCCAUCUACUAUUCCUCUCUCAUUCCCCUCCCUUCUACCCUAAUAGGGGGAAAUAUUUUAAAUUAAGUAUUUAUUGUAUUUUAUAAAAAAAAUUGAAAAUAUAUUAAGUAAUAAUUAAAAUGGAUAUUAUAAAGAUAAAUAUUACUGUCCCUAAGUCAUAAUAUUAAAAUAUGAAGGCAAUAAAAAACCAGCAAGAUGUUUGGAAAAUAAACUAAUCUUGUACCAAAAUGUUGUUGCCCCUCUAUUUUUGUGAUUGUUAAAAAAGCAUUUUCUAUUCUGUUAAAAUAUUUUACUGAAAUAAAGAUUUCAUGUUUA